GGAGAAUUAAUCAACCGCUGUGUGACCGGGCAGGCGAAAAAUAGUGGAGUGUGGGGGAGGGGAAGUGGCUCACAGGCCAGAUAGGCAACAUAUUACACUGUAGCCUGUGAGACUCAGCACACUGCCUAUACUGGGGGACAAAAUAUCAAAGUAAUAACACACUUUUACGCGGUUUUUCGAGAGCGUGCUAUUUUAACGGCGUACGUCGGGCAACCUAGUGUGUAUUUUGUGUCUAAAAUAAGCGGUGUUUAAGGUGCAUAUAUAUAUAAGCUAUAGGAAAUAUACAGUAGCUGUGUGGGUACAGCACACAGCCCCGGUGGAAGUUAAACGACAGUAGAGGGGCAAGAUGUUUACAAAGUAACAUUUUAGUGCGUAAUACGGGAAGUGACGUGUGCACGGUAUAGACUACUGGUGGAUUAAGUAAUUAACCUGCAUGUUUAGUGGUGUUUUUGAUAUUCAGGUUUAAGGUCAGUUGGCUUUCACCCCCCACCACCCCUCUAUUCUCUGUCUACGUUUCUCUCCCGCUGCCGCUCAACGCCUGCUGCUGCCGCUGUCUCUUUACGUUCCUGUUCUCAGUGAACGCUGAAACUCCACAGAGUAACUAGCCUGCAGCCCCAGCCACAGAAACUCGGGUUUAUUCCAACUUUACCGCCAGUUGCGAGCGCGUCUGAGCCAUUACUGCUUUGUUAGCACACCAAAUUAGUCGACAGUGAGUCACAGCAGCGGCGGUCGGAACUUGAAAUAUGACGGUAAGCAAAAUGGGAGGAAAGUCGUCGCUAGCUUGCUGAAGUUGGAGGUUCUCCUUGUGGAAGAGGAAGAGGUGGCGGCGGACACCACGAGUUCACUCUCACAAUAAAAGGAGUGAGCCCAUCCUUCCAACAUACCUCCUCCCUUUCAUUGGGCUAAGAUGAGUAUUACCAGUGACGAAGUGAACUUCUUGGUCUACAGAUAUCUCCAAGAAUCAGGUUUCUCCCACUCAGCAUUCACCUUUGGCAUCGAGAGCCACAUCAGCCAGUCGAACAUCAAUGGAACACUAGUGCCCCCUGCAGCCCUCAUCUCCAUCCUGCAGAAAGGGCUUCAGUAUGUGGAGGCAGAAAUCAGCAUCAAUGAGGAUGGUACAGUCUUUGACGGUCGGCCGAUCGAGUCGCUGUCGCUCAUCGACGCAGUGAUGCCAGAUGUGGUGCAGACGCGGCAGCAGGCCUUCCGCGACAAGUUAGCCCAGCAGCAGGCAGCCUGUGCCAUGGCAGCGUCCACCUCUGGAAACCAGUCCAACACACCAAAGAAUGGAGAGGCCACUGUCAAUGGGGAGGAGAAUGGCACUCACAACAUGAAUAACCACAGCGAGCCCAUGGAGAUGGACGUGGACGUGGAGAUACCAGCCAGUAAAGCCACAGUGCUCCGAGGCCACGAGUCUGAAGUGUUCAUCUGCGCCUGGAACCCUGUCAGCGAUCUGCUGGCCUCGGGCUCGGGGGACUCCACUGCCAGGAUCUGGAACCUGAACGAGAACAAUAACUCCAACUCCACCCAGCUGGUGCUGCGCCACUGUAUCCGAGAAGGUGGCCAGGAUGUCCCCAGCAACAAAGACGUCACCUCACUGGACUGGAAUAGCGAUGGGACUCUCCUGGCAACGGGCUCGUAUGAUGGAUUUGCCAGGAUAUGGACAAAGGAUGGAAAUCUGGCAAGCACCUUGGGACAGCACAAAGGGCCCAUAUUUGCACUCAAGUGGAACAAGAAGGGGAACUCUAUUCUCAGUGCUGGUGUAGAUAAGACGACAAUCAUUUGGGACGCACACACAGGAGAAGCCAAACAGCAGUUCCCUUUUCACUCAGCCCCAGCACUGGAUGUCGACUGGCAGAACAACACCACCUUUGCCUCCUGCAGCACAGACAUGUGCAUCCACGUAUGUCGCCUUGGCAGCGACCGCCCCCUGAAGACCUUCCAGGGCCACACGAAUGAAGUUAACGCCAUUAAGUGGGAUCCGUCGGGCAUGCUGCUUGCUUCCUGCUCAGAUGACAUGACCUUAAAGAUUUGGAGUAUGAAGCAGGAGUCCUGUGUCCAUGACCUCCAGGCUCAUAGCAAAGAGAUCUACACUAUUAAGUGGAGCCCCACAGGCCCCGGCACGAGCAACCCCAACUCCAACAUCAUGCUGGCCAGCGCCUCUUUCGACUCGACAGUACGACUCUGGGACGUGGAGCGAGGGGUUUGUAUUCACACGCUGACCAAGCACCAGGAACCCGUCUACAGUGUGGCCUUCAGCCCCGACGGCAAGCACCUCGCUAGCGGCUCCUUUGAUAAGUGUGUCCACAUUUGGAACACCAUGACUGGAGCCUUGGUGCACAGCUACAGGGGUACUGGUGGUAUUUUCGAGGUGUGCUGGAACAGCACCGGGGACAAAGUUGGUGCCAGUGCGUCAGACGGCUCGGUAUGUGUUCUUGAUCUCCGAAAAUAGCCGACUUGAGACUUUGAUGAUGAAUCCUGGAAUGUGCAGCAAAUUGCCUUCUUCUGACGUCAGCAAACACACUCAUUGCUCGAGAAAAGCUGUGAGGUGGAGCGAAACAAACCCCCUAACAGGAGUAAAACCAGAUGACUGCAGCAGCCUCCGAGGAGCCAACACCAACUGACUUCAGUGCACCUUACAGUUUGUUGACGUGUGUUUUAUGAUACGCCUAUUGGAAACAUAAUGGAAGCUGGUAGAGAGAUCCCCAAGACUGGACUGAAUCCAACUCCCUGGGUGCAUCCGUGUUUUAAAAGGUUUCUAAUGAGAAAGUGCUGCGAUCCCUCCGGGCCACUGGUCCAGCUGUUAUCGGGUUGUAAGGGUGGAAACAAAGAUGAGUUUUAUAUAAAGAGAAAAGUGUUAAUGAGACACGUGUUUGGCUGGAAAAGGCAACAAAUUAUGAAAGACAGGUUGUGGUUUUUUUAGAAUUCCUCUGAGCAAAUGUUACCUCAUGUCCAAACGAACUAACUGGGGAUGUGAUUAAAAGUAACAUCGAUACUAAAAGCACUGGUAUUGUCUGUUGACAUGGUGCUUAACUUCUUCUCAGUGGAGAAUAGUUUGUUUCAAGAGUACUUCUUGCUUCUUUUUUUUCCACAGAUGGACUUUUGAAAGUCAAAAAUCGAAUGUGCCGCUACAAGGUAGUUCUUAGCUCACAUUUAACAUCAGGUCAACAAAAGGAAAAACCUGCCAAGAAACAGUCCUAACCUCCUAAAAUGACCUGCUCAAUUCACUCGAAAUUAGAAAAUGUCAUUUUGUGGACAAGAUGUGAAAAGUGUGGUUUACAAAGAGAAUUUUCUCCCUUUUUUGGAUGUAAAUUUAAGAAUGUAAAGAUAUGUAAAUUAGAUUAAUACACAGACUUAUAUACUGUGUAUAUAUGUUUAUAUACAGUACACUUUAUUGCCAUCCUGUAGGGGCUCAUUAACGGCUAGAGCUGUCACGUCUUUGCCGACAACACGUGACGAGAGUUCCUUUUUAAAUGAAGUGCAUGUGUCAUCAGCUUCUUUUAAUACAGUCUUUUUUCAAGUGGGCCAAUCACAUCCAGCGCAUCGAGUUGUUUUGUUUUCUAGUGAGUCACAAAUGACGUUGACACAGAUGUGUUAAGCAGCUUUGCUUUCCUUUACCGAUCCCUGAAAGCCAUGGAAGAAAUGUGCGCCUCAUUACCGGCGUUUAGAGAAUUAUCUGGUCAACAAUACGGGAGAAAGGAGUCAUCCCAGUCUCCUGCUUGGUUUCUGCUAUAACUUUUAUGUGGAACAGGACAUGACAGAAUCAAUGUUAAGAGUAUGAUGAAGACCUGAGUGGGGAAACAGCUACAGCUUAAUUACCAUGGUUUCUCUUUGGCACUUUCCUCUGAACAAUCUACUGAAAAUUCAGAGCACAUUUUGACCAGAAGGUGGAGGUCAAGCAAAAAUCCUGCUGUUGCUUAAAAAAAAAAAAGCUAUGAUUGGUCUUAUUAGGUCCAAACGAAUGCUGCCAGCUGAUCAGAUUUGAAAUGCCUGUGUUGUGGGCUGAGCCUCAUCAGUGUGCAGUAAGCGUGGCUCCAUCUGCGUACUGGGAUCUCAUGAAAAAGAUACUAACUUCAAACCAACUUGCCACCACUUUGAUUUGCCUUUUUUUUCUGGUCCCUUUCUUUUUCAGUCAACUUCUGCUAAAGCAAUGUGAAGUGCACUUUUUGUAACAGUGGAUACAGCAAAUGUUCAGAUUUUGCUGGAAGUUGAAGGGCCAACGUUUUAUUUUAGUUUUGUUUUUAAGUGUCACAAUUGGAUGUUAAUGGGUAGUUCAUUGUUUUCUGACUUUUUUUUCAUUUGCUGAGAGCCAUUAUUGUCUGUGUCAGACUGAGAAUUGGGCUGUGGGUUGGUGGCCAUUCUUGGCAUGCUAAGGAGCCCGGUAUGAAAUAAAGUGCUGUGACGGCUACUAUCUCUUCUUGCACCCUGGUCCAGGGUGCGGUCACCUGUUUCCAAGACAAAACGUUGAAGUCAUUCAGUGUCUCAAAUAAAUCACUCUAUUUUGAUAUCAGAAA